CCCAAAGGACCUUUUCCCCUCCUCGAUGGAGACGCCCGUGGGCACUCGUCGGCGCAACGUCGCGUCGGGCGCGCACACCAAUAGUUCCCGUUCCUCUCAAACCGACCCGGAUGACCACUACGUCACAACUUACAGUCCACGUGGCAGCUUCCAACAGGCCACAGAAUCAAAGAGAACAAAUCUCCUGGUCAGCGGUGCACUGACAUUAAUCGCUUUCGCCACACGUUUCUACAAAAUCAAUAAUCCAGAUCAAGUUGUUUUCGAUGAGGUCCAUUUCGGCAAGUUCGCUGCUUACUACAUUCGUGGCGAAUACUACUUCGAUGUGCACCCGCCAUUUGCGAAGAUGUUGCUAGGUGCCGCCGGAUGGUUUGCUGGUUUUGACGGAAACUUCAACUUCGAAAAUAUUGGUGAUAGCUACACGGAAAACUUCGUUCCUUACAUUGGUCUGCGUGCUCUCCCUGCGACGCUGGGCGCUCUCACCGUUCCCCUUGUCUAUGCAAUCAUGAAAGAGAGCGGAUACUCUACCAUCAUCUCAGCUUUCUCUGCUAUCCUUGUUUUGCUUGACAAUGCGCAUAUUGCACAAGAUCGUCUUAUUCUCCUAGAUGCUCAAUUGAUUUUCUUCUCCGUGCUGUCAAUCUAUACUUACAUUCGUUUCCGGAAACUGCGUUAUCAUGAAUUUUCCGCAGAAUGGUGGACAUGGUUGGUAGCGACUGGUGUCAGCCUUGCAUGUUGCUUGGGAAGCAAGAUCAACGGUAUUUUGAUUUUCUUUACGAUUGGCGCGGCGGUCCUUGUCGAUCUUUGGGACCUUCUUGACAUUAAGAAAGGUUACACCAUGGAACAUUUCGCUCGCCACUUCAUCGCACGAGCCAUUGGUCUAAUAGUCGUUCCCAUCAUCGUAUAUCUAUCCUUCUUCUGGGCGCAUUUCGCAUUUCUACCCAAGUCUGGUCCCGGUGACACCUUCAUGAGUCCCUCUUUCCAAGAGACCCUUAUUGGCAACGAAAUGUUAUUGAAUGCUCAAGACAUUCGCUACUACGACGUAGUCACAAUGAAGCACAAAGAUACGAAAGUAUUCUUGCACUCGCACAAGGAGAGAUAUCCUCUCAAAUAUGAUGAUGGUCGCAUCAGCUCGCAAGGUCAGCAGGUUACUGGUUAUGCGCACAAUGACACAAACAACCACUGGCAAAUCAUCCCAACGAAGGCGUUACCUGCAAGUGGACCUGGACGUAAUGUACAGAAUGGCGACGUUUUCCAACUUCUCCACGUCAAUACGAACUCCCUACUUCUUACCCACGACGUUGCUUCUCCUCACAUGCCCACAAAUCAGGAGUUCACGACUUGGCCGGUCGACGACAAUACCAGAUACAAUGAUACGCUGUUUCAGCUGAGCAUCAUCGACGCAGGAGAUGACGCGACGUGGAAGACCAAGUCAGGUUACUUUAGGCUAAUCCACGUUCCGACACGCGUCUCAAUGUGGACGCAUAAGAAGCCUCUGCCGGACUGGGCGUUCAAGCAGCAGGAAAUUAACGGCAACAAGAACGCCGUUGAGAAGACCGCGACGUGGUAUGUAGACUCCUUAGUGGACGCCGAGGACGAAGAGGACUUUAAGGCCCGAACUGUCAAAGUCGAGGCUAAGCCACCGAAGAAACGGAAUUUUUUCAAGAAAUACGUUGAAUUGCAACUCCUCAUGCUUCAACACAAUGCUGGCCUUACUGCGUCUCAUCCCUAUGCCAGCAACCCGAUCAACUGGCCAUUCCUUAUCAGUGGAAUUAGCUUCUGGACGGAUAACAAGGACCAACGUCAAAUCUAUUUGAUCGGAAAUAUCAUCUCCUGGUGGAUAUGCACAAUCUCGCUGUCGAUAUUCGUUGGUAUUCUUGGCGCUGACUUAUUAGCGAGGAGGAGGGGUAUUGAGCCCAUCCCAGAACCCGUUCGUAACCGUCUCUGGAACAAUGUCGGCCUGUUCUUCCUUGGCUGGAUAACCCAUUACUUCCCCUUCUUCCUGAUGAAUCGUCAAUUAUUCAUUCAUCACUACCUCCCGGCGCAUGUCUUCUCGGCUCUCAUUGCUGGUGCCGUUCUCAACUUCGUGAUGUCUGAGUCGAUCAACUAUCCGGUCUCAGCGCCCGGACGUAAAACGCGUAUGAGGCCGACUCAGUAUUCUGACAUUGGGCCGAAGGCACUUGUCGUCGUUGCUGCCGUCACCGUUGCAAUGUCGUUAAUGUUGGUUUUCCUCGCCCCUCUCACGUACGGUACACCAGGACUUACGGGCGAGCAAGUCAACGCUAGAAGACUUCUCAGCACUUGGACGUUGCACUUUGCAGCGAAAAAGACAGAUUUCAGCGUCUAGAAGAGGUUGGAGAACUAGUCGAUACAUGGCUUUAUUAUUUGCGAUUAACGUAGCGAUACCUCGAGCUUUAGUAACUUUAUUGAAUUCACCAUUAAAGUGGAUUCUCUCCAAAAUACAGCAUUUCUGCGAC